GAGCCUGGCAUUUGGGGUGCGGACCCAGGCGGCGUUGCCUGUGGAUCACCAGAAAAUUGGGGCCUUGGGCCAGUUUCCCGUAGGUCUCGGCAACGACCGGGGAAACAGAGAUGGGCAUGGAAUGACUGGCGAGGAUCACUGUUUAAUGUUAGCCGCAGCCAAUAAACCAAAUCAGAAGCCCGGGGCCGUCUCAAGAGCCAGUAGCCAAGCUCGCGCGGCGCCCCAGCAACGACUCCGCCAAGUUCUCGCGGGAGGAGCGUGACUGGCGGUGCUCUCGCGAGAGGUGGAACUCUGGCACGCCAGUGGGGGCGUGGCCGGAAGAAGAACUUGGAAAUACUGGACAUCUAAUUGGCUCCAGAUUGUAAGCCACAGGAUGAGUAUUCAGUGGGCAUGAGAGAUUGAGAACAUUCCACCUCCCCAUAAACCUUGGUGUAUAUCACUUCCUUUUCUGUGGAUUGAAGCCAGCGAGCACAAUGAGUACAAGAAACCCUCAAAGAAAGCGGCGUGGUGGAACAGUAAGUUCUAGACAAACCCAGAAGCGAACUCGGGAAACAACUUCAACCCCUGAGAUUUCCUUGGAAGCAGAACCCAUAGAACUCGUGGAAACUGCUGGAGAUGAAAUCGUGGACCUCACCUGUGAAUCUUUGGAGCCUGUGGUUGUGGAUCUGACUCACAAUGAUUCUGUUGUGAUUGUUGAAGAAAGGAGAAGACCAAGAAGAAAUGGGAGGAGGUUGCGCCAAGACCAUGCUGAUAGCUGUGUGGUGAGCAGUGAUGAUGAGGAACUGUCUAGAGACAAAGAUGUGUAUGUGACUACCCAUACUCCUCGAAGCGGCAAGGAUGAAGGAUCUACAGGACUCAGGCCCUCAGGUACUGUCAGUUGUCCGAUCUGCAUGGAUGGAUACUCUGAGAUUGUGCAGAAUGGGCGCCUCAUUGUUUCUACAGAAUGUGGCCACGUCUUCUGUAGCCAGUGCCUCCGUGAUUCCCUUAAGAAUGCUAACACUUGCCCAACUUGUAGGAAAAAGAUCAACCAUAAACGGUACCACCCCAUUUAUAUAUGAAAUGUUCAGAACUGCUCAGGAUAGACCAAUGGACAGACAGCCAGGCUGGCCUUUCUGCAUGGUAUCUGCCUCCAGUUUCCUGAGCUCAAAAAGACUUUAAAAAUCAAUGUCUGAUGUAAACUGCUAUUUUGUUUUCCAACCCCUUAGAUCCUUUUGUUUUCUCCAGUUUGAUGCCAUGGAGCAGGAUCCAGGGAUCCUCCCAGGUCAGCUCAGCAUCUCUGCUCCUCUGGGUUUUCUGAGCCAGGAGUAGGAGAAAAGGAGUCAGGUAUAUUGGAGUUUGAGUAUCAUGGCUCCAGCCUCUUUAUGGAGCUUACAUGUUGGCCAAGAAGUUUCCCUGUUGGGAAUGUUUGCCCCAACUCUUCUGGGUGCAGAACCUUCCCAAGGCAUCUGCCAGUUAGCUAUUCUGCCUGCCACACAGUGACCUGGCCACACACGGUCCAUCCAGCCCAAGGAUCCCAGUACAGAAGCUAUCCCUGAAAAGCCCAGCUGGUGGACUUUUAUUUUUCUUUUAGAGCAGAGGUGAUCUGUGAUUCUGCCUGCACCUUAUCAUUGAUGUGCAGUGUUUUCUGCAAAUCAAGAGACCCUCUGCAGGGCAACCAUGUUUCCUAAGAAUGAGAAAGUGCAAUAAAGCCCGUUCUUCACCUGCUCUUCAGCAAUCCGGAAGAUGUAGCACUGCUAGUGUCCUCAGCUCAGUGUUGCCUAUGGGAGCAGUGCCCAUCCCACCCCAUCUCUGUUCACCAACUGUUCUCAGGAACCCUACACAUGCUCCAGAGUUCUUUGCCUGGCACAGAUCAUUCAAGGCCAAUAGGACAAGCAAGUUUUUUAGUAUCCUCUCUUUUCUGCUAAGAUAUGUCCUGUGUGCUCUACAGUGCUCUCCAACCAUCAGUUUUUCAGUUCCCAUUGCCUAAUGUCUGCCCGAGCAUAGAUAGCAGGAGGUGGUAGCAGUAACAGUGGCCUUAUCAGCUCUUCAUUUCCAUGCUUUUGCCCAAGUCACUGUUGCCUGUGUUUCAGAGGUAUUGCCCUACUCAACCUGCCACUACCCUGGUUUUCCCAUGCCCCUUGAGUAGAUAGAUAUUUCCAAAGCUGCUCUUCUGGCCAGUUGGGCUUUGAUCCUCUAGAUUUUUGACUGCUCUGUAGGUUUUGGUCAGCAAAGCAUGGUAUCUCUUCCUCCCCAUGGGACCACAUAAUAAUCUCUGCUCCACUCCAUAUGUAUGGGAGCCUCUGGUGCUCUCGAGGCAGUGAGGUGGUAAAUUGCCCCUGGAGACACCAGGCACAGGGUGGCUUGUAGAGGAUAGGCCUUCAGUGCCAGCCUGCCUCCACCUCCACACUACUUCCUCAGAGGGCUUCUAGCCAAACCAAUAGCCUUUUUGUGUGAAACAUCUUUGAGGUGGGUGGGAAAGGGACCACUGGAGCUUUGCUAGCAAUAACUGACUUUGAGUUUACUAUUCUGAAGGAGCAGGGACUCAGCACAGAAUUCACUUUAAAUGGAGCUGAAGGAGUGUCCCUCCUCUAUGUGAAAAGAAAAGAGUUUUAUUCUUCAUUCUGACUUUUUAAACUGUUUGACUUCCAGUUAGUUUGAAUGAGAGUAAUAAUUUUUUUACAUGGAUUCAGAGGGUAGGAGCAUUAGCUCUCAUCAUUGUGAUGUGUGGUGUGUGCCCUCCCCUUGGAUGUCACAGCCAUUGAGUUCCCUGUGGGCCUCAUGGACUUGCUCUUGUUAGUUCUUAUGAUAGCCAGACUUCAAAGAGCCAAGGUGACCAUGCAGCCAGUUCACUGGUAAAUAUGGUGACACCCACUUAAAAUUCAUUUUCUCCUUAAAGACAGUUUAUGAAGUUGAUCAUAAAAGUUCUAUUACUUCAUCCUAAAUUAAAUUGGGAAAAAUGUGUUUAGUUCUACUAAUCAGAAACUGCACCACUAGGAAAAGGUUGGUAUAGAGAAAAAAAAUCCCUUUCCUUUUUCUUUAAUGUAUAUAGUUUAACUCUCUUUGUUACAUUUAAACUAUGCUCAUGGAUAUCAGUCUGUUUUGGACUCCUGCUAGUGUUAAAAAUGGAAAUAAAACAAUUUGAACCAUUA